AUGAAAGAAUUAGAGGAUCAAGCUGGCACAAUUUUUGGUUUCACACAAAAGUGAAAUAAAACUCAAAAUAAUAUCAAGAUCUCUGUUUUUGAGCUUUAUCGGCGGCUUUACUAUGAUGAAAACUUAGAGGUAGAAGAUUUUAUAUUACAAAAAGCUAAAACAGCACUUGAAGGGAUUAUUUGAUGCUUUCAAACUAUAAGCUUAUUAUGAAUCCCACAUCUUUCAAUUAAAAAUUGACACAAAAAUAUGAUAAUAUGAGAAAUAAUUGGCUAUUUAAAAUUUGACAAUGCCUGCUCAUCCUUAGGGAUAAUAAAUGAAUGUCUUUACUUAUCUGCUUUGGCAGUUUAUUUUCAUUUUUUUUGUAUUAUUCCUUUUGUCAUUAUUAUUUAUUAUUCUUAUCCUUUACCAAAAUAUAUUUUAGGUACUUUUAAACAGAUUUUUUACUUAUGAUCAACGUUUUUUCUAAUCCCCUCAAUUGAAAUAUUUUCCAUCUUUCUCAAAUAUAAUUUUUUACCUCAAAAUAGUGUCUCAGAAUAUGAAAAUCAUAAUGAUUUUAAAGAAUUCGAAAUAAGCCCUCUAUUGCAAUUUGGAGUUAGUGUUGCACUGGUCAUUUCCCUAUUUUUAAUUUUUUUUCAGACAGAGUUUUCAGGAGAAAUUCGGCACUUUGUUUCUAAAAAAGCUAUAAAUGCUAAAGCUCACUCAAAAAUUGAUAUUCAUGUCACACUUUUUACAUAUUUUUUUCCAAUUGCUUAUUCUGUGCUUGCUGAAAACGACAUUAUAUAUUUACAAAUUUUAGCUAUCAUUUUUGCAGCGUUCUUGAUAAAGGAAAUUACUAUGUUUUUACCUUAUUUUUCAGUUUAUUAUCAUUCUAUUAUAAUUCUGAGAUUAUACCUUAUAGGUUUUAUUUCUUCUAUUUUUCUUCUAGGAAGUUUAAUGGAUAAUUCAUUAGCUAUUUCAAUUUUGGUAAUUAUUUUAGGUCCAUUAUCAGUUUUAUUUAUUGUUCAAUUUUCUGUAGCAUUGCAAAAACAAAUAAAUAAAUGUAUUCCUGAAAAUUUGGCAGAAAUAAAUUCACAAUACGAUUUAGAAAAAUCUCUAACUCCCCAGUCUGUGAGCAACCAACAAAAAAAUUACCUCACAGAUGAAAUUAAUUUAUAAACUUUUUAGUAAUUUGUUUUUUAAAAUUUAAAAAUUCUAACUCGCAAAAAUUAAUUUAAUUUGUAAAAUUUGUUUUAGAAUAAAACUGUUAGAAUUAAUUAGAGAUUUCGUUAUAAUAAUGAUCACUUUUAUAUAAAAAAUUUUUUGUUCUCUCAUGAAGAGUGGGCUUUAAAUUUUUCUCUCAUGUGUUGUUCGCACACAGAGGGAAGCAAGUAAGGUAUGCGUUAUGCUCAAACGAUACUGAAAACAAAAAUCAAAUCAUCAGUACCUUUGAAAUUUUUUUUAUAGAAAAAGGGGUUAACAGGAGCAAGCUUCAAGUUAUAUGAGCAGCUAACUACUGUUUAUUUACUCUAAAAGAAGCAUCUUUAGCAAAAAUCAAGCUCAGCAAAAUAAAACAAAUUUCAGAUUGGUCUCUUGAAGCUGCAUACCAAGAAUAUAUAUGUAAAACAAAUAUUUCCAAUGCCAAUUUAUCUGAAGGAUCACAAUAUUCUAAUUAUUUUCUGCAAUUCAAUAUAAUUAAAAAAACAGAUGAAAUUUUAUGUACAAAUUUACUGAAUUUUUGGAGUGAAAUUGCCUCAUCAAUACCGAAUCUGCAUAAACUACAAAAGAAUCUCAACUUGAUAGAUGAUUUUUUUUUUAGAUUAAUUAGUUUUAGCGGGUCACGGAGGUUUAUUUCAGCCUCUACCCAGCGCUGCCAGCUUCAGGCUUGCGCCCUAAGCACCGGCUCUGUUGCUCACUCCAUUUUCUGUCGACGUCACCAAAAAAUGGUGACGUCGUCAUCUGACAGGGAGACUCACCCAGGUACUCCUUUGAUAGGGUCUAGUGACCCGGCGCCGUCCUUUCUGGGGAGGGGAAAAGUAGCCUUCCGGAGUCUUCUUCAGGUCCCCAAGCUCCACUACAAGCUUCCUCACUUCCUUCUAGUCCUGAAGUGUGACUCCUGAUUCUGCGGCUCUGGUCUUCUCGUCUUUGUGAGAGGCAAAAAAAAACCUUGUCGUGGUGUCCCGACGAAGGUAAAAAAAAAAAAACCCCCACCCUGGACACAAUAUCCAGGCCCCGUUUACUUCUUAACCCCGUAGUCCCUGAGGGUACAGGAGAAGGACGGGUCGGAUGGCUCGCCAUUUUAAUUGUGUGUUCUUGAUAGAUGAAGAAAUUUUAUUCUUAAAUAAAGAAUACAGCAAUUUAAAUUUGAAAUUCCCCAAUUCGAGAGAAUCCUUAGCUCUUUAUUAUUCAUUUAUUAAGGAUAUCACCUAUGACUCGGAAAAAUCGAUUUUACUUGAGAUGAAAUUAAGAGCCCUAGACAGAACUCUUGGAAAUUUCAUUAGUGAUUCUAAAAAUUUUAGCUUUUUUAAUGACAGUAAUGGAAUUUUGAUAAUUUCGAAUGAACUCCAAAAUUUUGGUGAUAUUCUUUAUGCCAACCAAAAAUCUGCAGAAUAUUUUAGGCUCCCAAUUGGCAGCCUUAUCAGUGACAACAUUUUAAACUUCAUUCACCCCUAUUAUAAAGAAAAAUUCAAGGCUGAAGCCAAAAGAUUUGUUCAAUUUACUUCCUCAUCUGAAAUAGAUUUAAGCCAAGGAUUCAUUUUAAUAACACAAAAUGAUUUAUUAGAAUGUGUAGGGAAAGUCUCACUCCCCCCUUGUGAGAGAACAAAACCAUUAGAAAAAUCCCUAUUUUUGUCUAAAACCCACCCUCUGCGAGCGAACAAAAUUUUUUUUAAUAGAAAAUUUUUUUAUAGAAAAAAAAUUUGAUUCUGUUUAAUCUUAAACAAAUUAUGUUUUAAAACAUAAAUUUUUUACAAUUUCAAUUAAUAUUUGCUUUCCAAUUUUUACGAAUUGGGAUUUUUUUAAAUUUUCGAGAAAUAUUUUUCGAAAAAAUCUAUAUAUAAAUUUUUUUAAAAAAAAAUUACUCCCCUUCGCAGCGAACAAAGUUAUUUUUGUUCGCUCACGGAGUGGGAGAAGUCAGUAACUACCGUGAACGAUCUAGUUGUAGCUAUAUUUGUAUUUAAACCCAAAGUCAAAAAUUACGAGGUUGCUUUGAUAUCAGAGGAAGGAGAAAUAAUUUGCCACUCGGAUAAUUUUCAUAGAAUAGCUAAAAAAUCUGAAAACUUGGUAGGAUGGAACUUAAAAACCUUAUUUUUUAACUCAGAAGACUUUAAGCUGCAGCCAAAUAUCCCUUACCAUUUAUCAAACUUCAAGACUGAAACUUUUUUAAUUCUUUCGCACUCAGAAUUUUACAAAAUGAAAAUGCCCUAUGUAGCUCUCAUAAACGACAAAGAAGAGCUUUUAAAAUGAAAUAAUGAAAAUUCAGUCGAAAUAGGGAAAACCCAAGUAACGAAUCAAUUAUCAAUAAAUUUUUUACUCCCACUGAACACAACAAUUAAAAACGAUUUUUAUUUUUAG